CUGGCCUUUAUCGCUAUCAGCGGCAUCGCGGGAAUCUGAAGCUGUCCCCUUGGAGAGCUUGUCACGCAUCAUCCCCAUUGCUUCCACUCCAUGAAAAGGCCCAGGUGACGCCGACCAUUUCGCCCUCUCAAUUGGGAGUCCCCUUUUCCCGUUCCCGACUCCCUCGAAGAAACAAGGGCACAACAGCCCCGAUCCAUCGCCCACCAUGUACUCCUCCAUCGUCCGCCUCCAGAACACCUUUGGCUUCUUCACCACCGUUGCGUUCGUUGUCGCCGCCUUCAUCGCCGCUUCGGAUCUCCUCAGCCCGCGCGCUCCGAGUGUGGGCGUCCUCAAACCCACCAAUGUUCAAGUCGUCCGCGGCCGCCCGCACUACUACUCUCAGAAGAAAGAGGAGUACGCGAUCAUCAGGUUCUCACUCGAAGCCGACCUCUCGUCGCUCUUCACUUGGAACACGAAACAGCUGUUCGUCUAUGUGACCGCCGAGUGGCCCUCCGCGGGCGGCUCUGGCUCCGGCCAGAACGCGACGAACCAGGCCGUCAUCUGGGACAGCAUCAUCACUUCGCCGAGCGCCGACCACUUGGCGAACCUGGGUCCGAUUGCCAUGAGGAAGCUGAAGCGCAGCGCCCAGGGGAAGAGCAUCGAUCCAAGCCGCGGUAAACUCUCCAUCAAGAACCAGCGCCCCAAGUACCAGAUCACGCAUCCCACAGGCAAGGUCGCCGAGCAGGAUGACGUGGUGCUGAGGCUGCACUACAAUGUCCAGCCGUGGGUGGGCAUUCUGACCUGGAAUCAAGAUGCCGACUUUUGGAAGUGGAAGACUCUCCAAAACAACCUGAGCAAGAAGUUUUCCUUGCCAGCUGUCAAGAAAAAGGAGUAGACAAAAGGGGGGGGGGGCAUCAAGCUGAUCGAAUCGAGAUACCAUAGUGCGAAUCCAAAAGAUUAUAUUUUUUUUUACCUGUUCC